CCUCAAGGUGGCGCUCUUUAAUGUUCGUGUUGGAUUUUAUUGUUCUGUAAUUUAUAAGUAAUUUUUACGCAUUAUCGGUAUCUCAUAAACACUAGAUCUAAUUGAUAUUAAAGAUUAUAUCAAGAAGUGAUGUGUGCAUUUUACAUCCAUAGUUUUUCUGGUCAUCUAUUAAUGAUGUAGCCAAGAAAUAUAGAUUGUUAGAAAUUCCUAUUCUCACUUCACUCAGUUCACUGACUAGACUUGACUAUGUCACACUAUGUGAAUGUGGCUUCUAGACUCUAUCUACUAAACUAAGUCGACUAAGUAGAACUUCUGGAGUCUAAUUCUAGCCUGUGUCAGUCAGUCAGUGUCAUCUCAGUGUGUGUGUCUACGCUACAGUGAAGUACAGACUACAGUGCUACAGAUUGGGCUUGAGAGGAAGUCUAGAUUUACUCUCCCGACUCUUGUCUAGAUUCAUUCUAGAUCUAGAUCUAAUCUCAUCAGUCCUUUGCCUUUACUAGGCUUUAGACUAGAUAGAAGAGCACUGUAUGUCACAGUAUGUGUACUGUAUUGUCUGUAUGAUGUAUCUCUAGUGAUCUAGAUCUAGUGUCUAGACCAGUUCUCAAAGAAACAAUCAAACACAACCAAGACUAACUUUGACUAAGCACUAACUAAGUAGAUCUACAAGACCAAAUGAAAUUAUUAGUCAGGCUAUUCUAACUUAACUACUCAACAUAGUCCAUAGCCAUAGACAACAUUGACCAACAAACCAAGGCCAUAAGUAUAUUUAUAACGUGUGUUUGGAUGCAUGUUUUAAAACAAAGAAAUGUUUCAGCUUGGAACAGAUGUAUUUCAAUUUUCUAGUGUGACUGGAUAGCUUCAGCAUGUUUUCGCUUCGUAUAGUGGCAACAAACUAUUACCUGGCUCCGCCUAUAAAAGGUCUAGAUAUAGUGCACUCAGAAUUCCGAGAUUCAUCAGUAAAAAAAAUUCCUGUGCUCCAAAUAUUUGGAUCUACACCAGCAGGUCAGAAAACAUGCAUGCAUAUUCAUGGAGCUUUUCCUUACCUAUAUGUACCCUACGGUGGAACGCAACCAGAAGAUCGCUUUCUGAGACAGUUUGCCACAAGUCUUGAUAGAGCCUUAAAUAUAGCUAAUGGUUCUUCAAAUUGUAAUUUUCAACAUGUUUACAAAAUAUCAGUUGUUUCUGGGAUCCCAAUUUAUGGGUACCAUGCAGGUGAAGAGCAGUUUCUCAAGAUAUAUUUCUACAAUCCAAAUAAUAUAAAAAAAGCAUCAGAAUUACUUCUGGCUGGAGCUGUUAUGAAUAAACCCUAUCAGCCUCACAAUUCACACAUAUCAUAUCCACUACAGGUUUUCAUUGAUUACAAUCUUUAUGGAAUGAACUUUGUAUCAGUUGGGGCUCUGAAAUUUAGAAAGCCUAUUACAGUGUCAUUGGAUAAAAACUUAAAUAAGAAAAAAAUAUCUUGGUUGGAAUCUGACAUCACAAAACAGUCUCCACCAUCUAGUUUGUACAGAAUAUGGCACACAAAAAAUGUUCCAGAAGAACUUUACUUACCAGACUGUGUUGUACGGCAGAGUACUUGUGAAUUAGAAGUAGAUGUAGUAGCUGCGGACAUAAUUAACAAGCAAGAUCUUAAUAAUCCAGACUCUAUUUGUGUCAAUCAAGGGCUAGCUGCUUUAUGGGAAAAUGUCAAAGAAAAAACAAAUGUUGAAAUGAUAUCUCAAGAUUCUAAUCGAGAACAAGAUGCAAAUAUAGUUAUUUCAAAUAGUGAAAGGAAACUUUUAGAAAGAUUUCAGGAAAUUGUUAGCCAACAGUUAACUUUGAGACCAAGACAGCCGUCUCAACUUUCAUCUAUCAAUCAAUCAAGUGAAGAUUCACACAUUGCUUCUACUAGUUCAUCACAGUCAGAUGCCCCUAAUGAUGAGUGUCCAGUUAUUGAUGCAGUGCUUAUCAAUAGAAUUGUUUCUUCUAGCCAAAGUUUCACUAAAAGUCAAAGAACACAAUCAGACUCUCAAGACAUAAGUGUUACCAAUAUCUUAGCCUCACUGCUUGAUGAAUCUGUUUCACUACUGCCAAGUCAGAUAGCUUCUUUAGAAGAACAAGACAGCAUAAUCAAUAACAGCAUAUUGUUGACUGAACAAGAUGAGAAGGAGGAUGAAGCUGAGACUCAAUUGAUGCAAAAAGCAGAAGAAGCUAGUUUCACUGAAUUAUUGGGCUUCAGGAGUAAAUCACAGGAUUUCUCAUAUGAUGUAGAAAUUCACCCUGAAGAAGAUCCUGAUAGUGAGGUGGAACUUCUACCCCAGUUUGAUGGAGCUUCUGAUAGGAUGCCAAAUAUUUGUUACCUAUGUUGCAUGAAUGAAGAUUCAAACAACAGUAAAAGUCAAAAGCCAAUGCAGGAUGACAAUACAGUUGUUUCUGAUGGCUCUGAACCUUCAUCUGCUCUUUUAAAAACUACCAGCAUUGUUUGUAGAGAUGGGGAAGAAGUGUCUGGCUCUGUUUUGUCUAACAAUGCUAGUUCAUAUACAGCAUAUAGUGAUGGCUCUGAUGCCUCAUCUAGCUCUGGAGUCGUUACAAAUAAUAGCUUAGUCUUCAAUGAUAGUUCUGAAAGUUCAGUGUCUAACAAUAAAAUGACUAAUUCCCAAAGCAGUCACAGUGGAAAUAAAACAUGGAGCCAGCCAGGCUGGUCAAAUCAAGCCUCUCCAUGGUCAGGUGAAUACAUGGGAUGGAAUCAAACACAAAACUAUCAAAACUGGAAUCAAAGGCAGACUUUACCAACGGGAUAUUCUCAGAGAACCACAAGCCAAUCAAUACCUCACAAUGUGUACUCACCACAGCAUUCAUUUAGUAAUACUUCUCCACAAUAUCAGUAUCCACAUUAUACAUCCCCGACCAGGGAGCAACAGUUUCAGCAGUGCUACCAGAGCCCAGUACAUAUGCCAUACCAGUCCCCACCAUCCUCCCAGGCAACCCAAUUAUACCAAUCUCCAACAUCUCUACAUCCCUACAACUCCCCAUCUCAUUACUUAGGCUCAGCACCUAGUAAGCCUUAUCAGUCUUACCAGCUACCUCAAGUUGACCAGGCUCAAACUUUCAGACCUUUUCAACUUGGCAGUCCUAACCAAUCACCAAGAGGUGACACCUUUCAGUCUUCUAAUUCACAGAUGUCUUCAUACUCAUCAUCAGAGCUUGGAGAAAACUACCCUUUACAACAGAAAUGGCUGGGUAGCCAUGUUUCAUCACAGUCCUUAGAAGCAAACUGCCUUGCACAGAGCAGCUACUUGAAAGCACAAUCAGUUGAUACAUGUAGUAAAGAAGACACUGCUGUUUCAAAAAUAUGCCCUAAGUCAGAGUGUGACCAUGGGAUGAAGAUGGAAUCUUCUGCUAGUAGCUCAGCUAAAGUACCUGCACCAGAACAUUUAGAAACAAAAGUUAAACUAGAGACUACUGUUUCAAAUAACUCUACCUCUACAGAUCUGCAUAGCCAUACAGGCUUAAAUUCACAAGUUCAUUUAGACUCUAAUAAGCCAAAGAAUUUUUUAUCCUUAUCAUGUGACUCUUCACCUGUUGUUAAUCCUUCAGUUCAAAAAAUUAAUCCUGAGCUAAAACAUUUUGCGACAUCUAGCAAUAUUUGUCAUAUUCAGUCAUGUACCAUUGAUAAUAGCAAGUUUUCAGGAGAUAAAACCACCUGUAUAGAUAUGUCAAACUCAAGUGACACAAUGCUGGGCAAUAUGAGUGAAGAAUCUGUCACCAAUUGUUCUAAAAUUAACACUUCUUCAAUUGGGGUUAAUACGUCUACUCCCAUGAUGCAGCAACUUCUUAUGGAAGAAUCCACUGUCAGAAUGACCAUCAAAAAAGACACCAAAGAAACUACUAAAAAAAACAAGCCAAUAAUGAAUCAAGAUUUACCCAAACCUAAGAAAAAAUAUACUUCAAAAGCAAAGAUGGGAUCAAAAAAUAGUCGCCCAAGAAGCACUAGUUUGUCAACAUUUUCAGGGCCUGGAGGUUUCAACACUAAUCCUUCAAUGCCCAUUCAACCAAGGUCUGAAAGGGCUCAUUCUAUUUCCUUUCCAUUUAAUAAUGAUCCUUCAUUUUCAGGAAGUAUUAAUAACCAGAGUAGUAGGUGGUUACAACAAUCACCACAGCACUGGAGUGAUCAGAGCUACUCUCAGAUGUAUCAUCAACAUCAGUGGGAUACUAACCAAUGGCAAAGUGUAGACUCUUCUCAUAGUGGCUAUCCAGCUGAUACAACCAACACAUUUCAGCAGAAACCAUACAUUUCAGAACCUCCCAAGUCUCCUUACCAUCAAAGUCAACCAUUGGUUAGUCCUGAUAUUGAUGCAGCGAGUACUUCUCAGAGUAAUUUUACUUUAGGGCAGAACAUAACUAGAAACUCAGUGACUUCAGGAAGUUAUGAUAAAUCAUCUCUGUCUAGUCUCUUCCAGCUUGUUUCUGACAUGAACACAUCAGCUGAAGACAACUAUAUGAUGACAAAGACAUCACAGGCUGAUUUUUCUAAUGACAUAGAGAUAAUGAAACAAACUUCUGAUGUUAGUUAUACUCAACAAAAGGACUUCAUCACUCUUGAACCACCAAACAAACACAGCAACACCACUCCUGAACCAUCUAACAGACCCAGCAAUAUCACUCUUGAACCACCAAACAGACACAGCAACAUCAAUUUUGAACUACCUAACAGACUUACAAAUACCACUCUUGAAGCAUCUAACAAGCACAGCAAAACCACUCUUGAACCACCUAAUAGACACAGCAACAUCACUCUUGAACCCCCUAACAGAUACAGCAACACCAUUCUAGAAGCAUCUACCAGAAAUAGCAUUGCCUUUGAACUACCUAAUAAAAAUAACACUACUGAACAAUUGGAAGAGAAGAAUAAUAGUGAUAUAAAUGUUGAUAAACCAAAGGUAAUAUAUCCACCAAAAGUGAUUCAUCCAUGCCUUGGAAAACAAAGUCGACUAAAGAGGUUAGGUUUUUUACAGAGAUGUGGAAAUGAUGACAGUCCUGGGCAGAGCCCUAAUUUGUCUUACACUUACACUUUUCAUGUCCCAACUCCUGUCUUCAAGAAAUUGAAAUUUCACUUAGGAGAAGAGGCAAGAAAACACAAAUUUAACCUAGUUAGAAUGCACCCCAUGGAUGCCAGACGUUAUAGCCUUUUAAAAAUUGGAAGAGAAAUAGUAAAAGUAUCCAAACUGGGUCCUGAGGAUUUGGCUAAAUACAGAGUAAUUUUCCCAGUCCAACCACACUUAACAUCAACUGAUGGUUCCACCAACAGAGUAAAUCUCAAUAUUCCUACAGUAAGUGUGGACAAAUCUUUAGGUGAUUCUGUCAGUGAUACAAACAGUUUAUCAAACUUUGAUACUGAUUUUCCACCAAAUAAAGUGGCCCCUCCCAGCUCUUUUCAUGCCAGUCAACUCAACUCUCGAGUCAGAUCAAAUUCAUCCUCAUCUAGAACAAGCCAAGGGUUUAACUUCAGCAGAAGCUUAAGUGCUAAUACUGAUCAACGGAUGGGCUUAAGUCAGCAGCAGAACUAUGGCUUCUUCUACCAUGGCAAUGUCAAUAGUACUACUUUUCCAAUUCAUAGUCCAAUGUCUUCUGAAAAUGUUCCUGGUGAGUUUCAAUAUCAUCCCAGAGGUAAUUUUGAUCAAAAAGACAAUGUACAAUCUCAGACACCAUCACCUCAACUUCAGGGAAGCAGCUACACUAGUUGCCAGGAUUAUUCCAGGUCACAGUAUUACUAUCAGCAGUCUUACUGUGAGCAACAACAGCACCAGCCAUAUUACCAUCACAUGCAGCAGUCCCCAUCUCAGCAGGCUCAGGAAUGUUACAAUAAUUCACAGACGGAGUCAAAAAACGACUUGCGUUCCCCGGUCCAGCAUGGAACAAGCAGCAUUGAUAGUGGAUGUGUUAUCGGCCACAGUGAUGAAAUCACUGUAACCUCCACUAUCAAUAACCGGGUGAACGCAGGGAAAUUUGAUAGCCAUGCUGAAACUCUGGCCAGCAACCUAGCAGCUGAUAGUUUGAAUGAACCUUCCCAAAGUACCAGGCAGUGUCACUGUUCUAAAUAUUCUAGCCAUAGGCAAGUGAACAAGGGAAGAAGAAUCAAAGGUAAAAAACACCAAUUUCUACUUCAGAAGUUAACAAAGAGGGGUGAAGAGAAAUCUUAUCCUAACUAUUUGAGUAGUGAACCUGAAAGUGUCUUUCUAGCUAAAGCAAAUAAAUUACCUGUAAAGUCUUCUUACCAUUCAACUAUUCAGCCAGUUAGUAGUCUGGCAAAUACUAGUAAAAGAAAUACUAACUCACUAGAGUUUAAUCAACACACUAGUUUGUGUUCAUACCACCAUUACAAACAUUUCUCACCAUUUCAGACAAAUGCACUCAAAACUUUGAGACAAAAGAAGCCAAUUGUGCAACAGCAAUCUAAAAGGAUUUUGAGAAAUUUGAAGCAGAGAAUUAAUUGGCAGAACAAUCUUAAUGCUUCCAAGAAACUUUCUGUCUAUACCCACAAAUUAAAACAACAAAAGAAAAGAGGAAGGAAAGUUUUAAAAGAAGGGAUUCAUUAUGUGAUCAUAGGAAAGUUUAAAGGGGAUCGAAUCAUGUUAGUUAAGAUAAACAAAGUAGAGUUAGGACCUCAAGAUACAGUAAAAGCCUCUAUUUAUGAAGAUCUUGCUCGUAAAGAUAUUGUUAGACGAGUCCCAAUAGAUUGCUUGAGGAAAACAGAAGUUGAUCUGCAUCCAAGAUUUGGCAGUACUAACACAUCAAUAACUUCACAGUUAAAUUUUGGAGUUAGUCAGUCAUGUAAAAAUGACCACAAUAUUUAUCAAUAUGAUAAGGACAAAGCAUGUUUGCCAGAUUGCACUUGUCAAAAUUUGUUAAAUUCAGAAAGUGUUGAACAAGGUGAUGAGUUCUUUGAAAAUAAUAAAACCCAUUUUUACAGUAAAGUCAUUAAUGACAAUGUCCGAAAAUAUUAUCGGAGUACUACUACUACUGGUAACUUUUUUUGUCAGUUUCAAGAAUGUUACUUAAGACACAAAGAAGCUAAAGAUUCACAGCAUCCUUUAGAUUGUACUUCACAUCACAUGUUUUUUAAAGGAGUGAAGCACUCUUUUUUUAAAAGCUUCCAAAUGAAAUUACUUGGUAAUAUGAAGAGGCAUACCAGUGAUUACUACUCCUCCAGUUCAGAUGAUGAAGAUGAUUUUCUUGAUGCAGUUAUUAUUAAAGAGAAAAUUAGAAAUUCCAACCAAAAUCUUGACUAUGUCAAGUCUUUUCAGUUUAUUGACACAGAAACAUCCAAACAAUCUCCAGUAAGUUGUCAGACAUCUUUUAUGGAUAUAUCUCCUUCAGCAUUACAAGUUGUCUAUGAAACAAUUCAUCAUAUAGCACAACAUGUUGAGAUGAAAGAGACCCAAUUAGAUUCUAUGAAAAGUUAUACAGACUUGUCAGAAGAAGAGGAAGUAUUAGUAGAAAGUGACAAAGAUGAAUUAGUUCAAAAGUCAGAUCAGAAUGAAAUUCAAGUGUCUCCUGAAUCUGGUCUUAUCAAAACCAACUAUGACCUACCAUCUAAUCCUGAUGGUGACAAGGAGAAAACUGGUAAAGAUGACUUCUUAAAAAGACAGAUGGCCUUUUUUGAAGAUAUCUCCUCAGAUUCAGAUAGUGGUGAUACUAUUAUAAUGUCCAACUACCAAGACCAAGAUGUUAGUAUAAAGUGUUCCACACCUUUAUCCACACAUCUUAGUAAUUGCAACACUAGACUUAAAGAACCUUCUGUACUUCAUGUGCCAUUCCAUCAAAGUCUGCAAUUUGGUUGCGACUUAGCAUCCCACAUAGAAGCAACUGAAAACAAGUAUCUAGCUUCUGAAACAGUUUCUGAACUUAGAUCUGAUGAUGUAGACAACUUUUCAUCUGAUUCACUGGUGGAGGACAAGAGGACAGAUGUAUUUGAAACUUACCAGGCAUGUUCUGCAGACAAGAAGUCAGUCACUGAUAUACAAGUAACUGAUUCUGAAGACAUGUCUCAAGUUACUGCUUUUCCAAAAAUUUCCAUUAUGACUGACCCUAAAACUGGCAUCCCAGUUCAUUCUAUUAAACUGUAUUCUAGAAAGAAAAAAUCCGUAGUAAACAUGGAUCAUCCAGCUGACAGUAGUAUAAAAGACACAUCAACUAGUAUAGAUACCAUUAAAUCGGGUAUAUCUAAGGAAGGUAACCUAAAAGAAACAAACAGCCCUAAUAGGAAUCAUUCUGUUAGCUCUGAUGAUGUCUCUCCUCUAACAGAAAACACUACAUAUUCUAGAAAUAAGUGUUUGCGACAGAAGAAGCGUAUCAAAUAUGUUUUUUACCCUGAAGAGCUGAGCACAUCAGACUCUAGUAAUUCAAGCAGUGAUGAUUAUGAACAAAGUAGGAAAUACAAAAAAGGCAAGAGAAGUAAAAACAUACAUUUCACUGAUUUAAAAAAGAAAUGUGCAGGCUCUUUGUCUGAUGACUAUAAGCAAGUGAAAACUGCCACAAAAUCUCGUUCUUCAAGAGGAAGAAAGAAGAAGCCAGGAGAUGGUAAGCUUUUGAAAAGUUUAAGUUUGCUUCAUAUGGCCACGUUAGCCAAUCUUACUGACACACAAGGUGGUGAGUUCAUGGAAGUGCAAGCAUCAAACUAUGAGUCCUCAGUUGACACUGUGCGACACAGUACCAGUACUGCUUCUCCUUUAGAAACUAUGUCACAGGUAACACCUGAGGUUGAGGUCUCCCCAUCUUCUUCUAAUCAAAAGAAAACUCCUGGUACUGAAAGAAAUACUGAAAGAUUGCUGCAUUUCAACAGAAGUUUAAAACCUGGGUGCAAUGGUGCAUCCAAUUUAGGAAGUAGACCUCUUCCUUUUAGCAGGCUUUCUUCUGUCUCUUCUACAAUGCCAUCUAGCACAUUAUUAAAUACCACAGAUGUUAUGCAGUAUUCAGACCAGCCAGUAGUUAAUGAAGAUUCUAGCAAUGCAAAUACUCUCCAACUUCUUGAAACAAGAAGAGCCCAAGUUAACUGUGCCUCUUUCUCAAUGAAAGAUAUCUUGCGACUUGCCACUUCUGAGGACUCUUUAGAUUCUGACAGUAAAGACAGCAUGCCACUGCUCCGACCACCUGCGUGCAAAAGAGCUAAAGUAAAAAGUACUACUUUAUCAAUAAGUGACAUUGUGAAGUUAAAUAAUGAGGACUCUUAUAAGAACAAUUAUCAAGACUCUUCUCAAUGUGUAACUCAUGAUGAUUCCAACACUGCUAUGGCUUCUUGUUCAUCCAUGUCUCAGCACACUGUGAAAACUUGUUUAAAUGAUAGUCUAUCUCUUGUUACAAAUCAAAAUAAACUAUCAACUUUAUCCACAAAAUCCUUAAUCAAUUCAGAUGCUUCCAGUGCUGCCCUGUGUACCCCAUUGUCUCUGAUUAAUAAUAUCAAAUCAACAUCCACUUCAGUUUUUGCUUUAAAUGAGUACAAGGAACAAGAUCAGCUUGUCAGAAAUAAACCAAUCAAAUUGGGCAAGAACACAUGUGAUCUCUCUAGUAUGAAAGAAAAUUCAUUUCAAGAACAGGCUUUUGCUAACACUCAAUCUCCAUUCCCUAAAUCUGUUAAGCCAUGCUCAGCUUCUGACAAAUCCACUUCACUGAAAGAAAUUAAAGAAAAGUGUCAUGUGAAUAAAUCUAUUCACCAUACUCAGACCACUUCAGCAGAUUUAAUAACAAAGGAUGAGCCAGUGGAAAUAUCUCAUAAGGAUGUUUCCAGUUCUUCAUCACAAUAUUCUACUAUACCUUUAGUGUCCACCCAUAGUGCAACAAUACCAAGAAUAUCAAUAACUUGUGAUGAGACUGUAAUCCGAGACAAUUUCAAUGAUACCACAUCUAAAUCAGCAGUUCUAGAACUUGCACCUAUCACCACUACUGUUUCAGAAAACUACUCAAACAAUUGCUUAUCCUGUCUGCAAAAACCAUCAUCCCAGGGUGCCCUCAACCUCAGUGUCUGUAAGAAAUGCCAUACUAAUUAUUCCCCUAUCACUCCCACUUCUCCCAUGUCUCCUGCUGACCCACAAAUGUUCUAUACCUCUCCUGAAUUCACCUCACCUUAUAAAAAGACAAAGCCAUUGUGGUACCCAUGGCUAACAAUAAAAAACAAUCCAGCAGAAAAUAGCUCAAGGAAUUACAAAGAAAAUAUUUAUGACAUUACCAAGAAUGAAACUAAAAAUAGUUUCACAGAAGUGUUCAAGAAAAAAAUCUAUACUGAUGAUGGUAAUGUUCAGAUAGAUAAUAGGGCAAUGUCUUCAGCAGAAAGUGACUGUUUUCACAUGGAAUCAAAACAAAACAAUUCACUUGUAUUACAAAGCCCAUUAAAUCUAUCUCAGAACAAGCCUUGUAGAAAUACCAAUAUAAACAGAUGUGGUGCAAUAUCAAAAAACAUGGAAAACACCAAUGUGGUUUUAGAUAAUUAUCAAAGUCCAUUUCAUGUUUACACCCCCUCAACUGAAGUCUCACAGACUAUAGUCACACAAAAUAUAGCUAAUGCACAAUUAGUUGAAGAGCCUUCAGAUGUACUACAGAAAAAAUCAAUGGACACUGGCAAUACAGCUAGACAGAGCAAAUCUACCACUGAAAUAUCACCAACAAAUAAGAGUUCAGAAAUGAAAAAGAUUCCUAACACUGUCAACUCUGGUUUUGAAAGUGAUGUACAAAUAGCUACAAAUGCUCCAUUGUCGAAAAAUGCUACAAGAAUAUGUAUCUGCCCAUCCAAACCUCCUCCAAGUUAUCAAGCUGUCUUGAAUGAUCUGCAUGACUAUGGAUUUCACAAACUUCAUUCAGCACAACCUUUCUUCAGUAAUCAUGAAGAUUUGACAAAUUGUCCCAAGGAACUUCUGGGCAGAGUUUUUAAAGUGGAAUCUAACAGGAUCAGUGCACUUCCUCCCUUCUCAACUUUUUAUCAGUUAAUUGGCAUAUCAGAGUGGCAAAACAAGUUUUUGAGUGUCAACAAACUUCUAUCUCAGACUUUCAAAAAAUCAUUAAAGAACUUGACACAUGAGUCAGAAUAUAGGAAACUUUUGUCUGGAAAUGAAUGUAUUAAACUAAUGCCUAUGAAAGGAGCACCACUCAGAUCUAAAGUGCAGAGAUGGCUUGCCAGCAAUGCUAAAAUAAAAGAGCCAUGGGCACCUCUUCGAAAUUCUGCACCUGUAUCAACUGCCGUAAAUUCUCUUGGACAAACGCCCCCAGACACACAUUUAUCACAUCUGAACUAUGCCAAAUCUUGUGAGAUCAAUCAGAGUCUUGAAGAUUCAUUCCAAAUACAGCCUAUUAAUGAUAAUACUAUCUCUUCUAGACAGGACAGAAAAGAAAAUUUGAACAAAGUAGUCAACCCUGAUAUUUCACAGCAUCACACAUUUAAUGUCAGUCCCUCUGUUGGUGAAAUCUCGCAAAUAGAUGGACCAACACCUUUGAACACCUUUAACUUUAAAGUUGAACAAAACAAUUUUCUGGACAGUAAAUCUUUUCACAAGUGUCAAAAUAUUACAGUUCUGAGUCUUGAAUUACACAUUGAAACUAGAGGAGACCUUAAACCUGAUCCUGAGUUAGAUCCAGUUCUAGCAGUUUUUUAUUCUGUGCAAGAUGAUUCAACUCUCCACCAAGAGAUUCAAACUCAAACUGGGCUAGUAAUCAUUGACAAGGCUAGAAAAGAAGCAGUGAUGAGAAGUCAAACUGCCUCAGACUUACUCUCCUUAAGUGAUUCCUUCAGAAAGCAAAAUCCUUCAAGCAGAGACCUUUAUGACUGUGUUGAGGUGGACUAUGUAGAGGAUGAAGCUGCGUUAUUGAACUUUGUAAUACAGCUUGUUCAAAAUUUUGAUCCUGACAUUCUUGUUGGCUAUGAGAUUCAGAUGUUGUCAUGGGGCUAUCUAGUAGAAAGAGCAAAAAACCUCAAUAUUGAUCUACAUUCUGGUUUACUGAGAGCGCAAGAGAUCAAAGAAAAGAAAAUCAUAGUUGAUAGAGACUUAUCUGAACUUCGUGUCACUGGUAGAAUAGUUUUGAAUCUUUGGCAAAUUCUUCGACAUGAGGUUACAUUGAAUAUUUACACUUUUGAGAAUGCUUCUUAUCACAUACUUCAUCGUCGUAUUCCUUUGUAUUCAUUCCACUCUCUGACCAGCUGGUACAGUGACAGUUUACAAAGGUGGAGAGUGUUGGAGCACUAUCUGAAGAGAGUCCAAGGUCAGUUGGAAAUGAUAAAUCAGUUGGACAUCAUUGGUAAAACCAGUGAGUUUGCUAGGAUUUAUGGGAUUGAAUUUUAUGAUGUACUUUCAAGAGGUACACAAAUUAGAGUGGAGUCAAUGAUGCUGAGAUUUGCUAAAGCACAAAACUAUGUGAGUGUGUCUCCAAGCAUAAGCCAGAGGGCACGUCAGAGAGCUGCGGAGUGUAUUCCCCUCACACUUGAACCAGAGUCUAAAUAUUACACUAGUCCUGUGGUGGUGUUAGACUUUCAGUCUCUUUACCCGUCAAUCAUGAUUGCCUAUAACUACUGCUAUUCUACUUGUUUAGGUAGAUUGGAUUGCUUAGACAAGAUAAAUGAAGGUCCAUUUGAAUUUGGUUGCACAAGUUUAAAUAUCAAACCAAGUAUUUUAAAGAGAGUUCAGAAACAAGUAACAAUAUCCCCCAAUGGAGUGGCCUUUGUCAAGUCUUCCAUAAGAAAAGGCGUUUUACCUAAAAUGUUGGAAGAAAUACUUUCAACUAGACUAAUGGUGAAGAAAUCUAUGAAAGUACAUAAAGAUGAUAAAGAUUUGUUUAGGAUGUUGAAUGCUCGCCAGCUUGGACUGAAGUUAAUAUCUAAUGUCACAUAUGGCUACACAGGAGCUAGUUUCUCAGGACGAAUGCCGUGCAUUGAAGUUGGAGAUAGCAUUGUCAGGAAGGCAAGGGAGAGCCUUGAAAGAGCUAUUGAAGUAGUACAAACCACAUCUAAAUGGAAAGCUCAUGUCAUUUAUGGAGACACUGAUAGCUUGUUUAUCCAUUUCCCUGGUUGUACUAAAGAAGAAGCCUUUGUUCUUGGCAAUGAAGUAGCUGACACUAUUACUGAGAUGUUUCCCAGCCCAAUGAAACUCAAGUUUGAAAAGGUCUAUCUUCCCUGUGUGUUACAAACCAAGAAAAGAUACUUUGGUUACAUGUAUGAAACACUGGAUCAAAAAGAACCUACUUUUGAUGCUAAAGGUAUUGAGACUGUAAGAAGGGAUUCUUGCAGUGCAGUUAGCAAGAUACUGGAAAGAACAAUUAAAAUACUUUUCACAACAAAUGAUCUUUCUCGUGUCAAAUCAUAUAUUAUCAGACAACUACAGAAAUUAUUGGAUGGAAAAGUCAAUUUUCAGGAUCUUAUUUUUGCCAAAGAAUUUCGAGGCAUGAUGGGAUACAAACCAGCUGCAUGUGUUCCAUCACUUGAAAUUGCAAGGCGUCGCAUAAAAGUAGAUCGCAGAUCUGAACCUCGCAUUGGAGAGAGAGUCCCAUAUGUAAUAAUAAUUGGUAGCCCUGGUCUUGCCUUGAUUCAACUAGUGCGAGAACCAAUUGAGUUAAUUAAUGACACCACUCUUAGACUCAAUGCCAAUUACUAUAUUACUAAACACAUUCUACCACCUCUGGAUAGAAUUUUCUCUUUGAUUGGUGUGAACGUUCAGAACUGGUAUCAGAAUAUGCCAAAGAUAAUUCGUGUGGUUCCCAUGGUAAUGACAGCUAAUACUGCCAAACAAGGAACUAUUUCUCAAUUUUAUACCACAUCCAACUGUCCUAUCUGUGAUGUGCCUACAAAAAGACCUGUUUGUGAAAGCUGCUGUCUAGAUUCUCAAGGAGUAGUCUUUAGACUGACAAGAAAGAUGUACACCUGGGAUAGAACUUAUCAGUGGCUGACACAGAUCUGCUCUACAUGUCAAGGUACUCAAGACAAAGAGCAAAAAUGUAUUUCCUUGGAUUGUCCUAUUCUGUAUCGGAGAAAUACUGCUCAAAGAGAUUUGUCCAGAGCUGAUUAUCUUCAGGAAAUCCUUAACAAAGUUUUACUCCAAUAAAAGAUCCUCUUUUUGAACUGGCAGCAUUGAAGUCAAUUGUCAUCAUUUAAAAUCAAGGAAAGGAUAUGAAAUAUUUAUUCUAUUUGAUUUUUUAAUUAAAGCUCCAGCAUUAUAAUUAAUGUAUUCCUAAGCAUAAAUAAAUUCUAAAAAGGGAUUGUCUUUGAUUCCAUAUAUUAUUGAUGAGUGCAUUACUUCACAUGACUUUGCAACCCCAUUAUCCUAAAGCAUAUAUACUGUAAAUUAUUAAUGGCUUUUCUCUAUUGAUAUCCAAAAACAAUGAUUAGGCUUUGUAGGUAAUUAUAAGGCAGUGAAAUCCUUUACUUAGACUCUACAUGAUUCUUAGGUUUAAGCAUAAUAAAUCUUUUUAACUUGUAAGAACUCUCAACUCUGAAUGUUAUCCUACUGUGUAUGGUAUAGAUAGGGCUGAGAAAAGAAGGGAGGCACAAAAAUAAAACACUACUGCAAAUGUUUUUACUUUGAUGGAUUGUAACAAACAUAAUAGUGACUGAAGACAUAGUUUGACUAAAACUUGUAUAUUGAUAUUAUGUAACACAUGCUUCUAUAUUAUUGUCUAGACUUGCUAGGUCACCCAACCCAAACAUACCAAGAAAUGGUAAUGUACAUUUUCCUUGCCCUCCCCAACCUCAUUGAAUGCCUUCCUAAAGUUUGUUUGUAUAGGUAGUGGCUGCUUAGCAAGUCUAGGACCAAAUAUAGUACUUGUGUCAACAGGAUUAGCCUUUGCUUACAUUGGUGCAUGUGAAUAGCCUGUACAGCAUUUGUUUAUUGUGUCUUCUUCAACAUUUUAUUAGCCUUGAUUUCUAUGGUGGUCAGAUCUAUUCAAUGUAAUAAUGUCUGUACAAAAAUGAUAUAUGUACAUAAUAUUUUAAUUCUUUCUUGUUUUACAUACUAGUUCAGUAAAUGUAUUGUAAGAAACUGUAACUACUGAUAGCCAAGUUCCCAACUCAUUACUGCUAACCAUAUCAGCACUUCAGGCAAAUAGUUGUCUUUCACUGAAUCAGUUUCUUGAAAUUGUUAUCACCUCAAUGUUAUCUUAAUCUUUGCCAAGAACUUGACUCAUAAUAAAUGUAUUACAUGUAUUGUAAAGGCUCAAUUAUUUCAUUUCAUAACCUGUUGUUUUUUUUAAUGGACUCCGUUUAGGGCUUACAUUUGUUUAGAAUGAUACAAUAAUAUUUGAGUAUGUUUUCUCUCUGUUUUACAUGACAUCAGGCAUGUGUUCAUCAUUACUGGUAGUGUUAGUAUUUUUUUUAGACUGCUUACUUACUUUGUCAAUUUAUCAUUUAUAUGACAGAAUAGGAGUUAUUCUAAGUGUGUUGACAACCUUUCAUAUCUUACAGCUCUACUGUUUGUAAGUCCUAUAGUGCUACCAAUAGACCAUAUUGUAGACAAGCUUUGUGAGGAAGAAAUACUUCUGUGUAUGUAUUAUUGUGACAAAGAAUUUUGUGUUUCUGUUAUUAUUACCAGUAAGUAAAAGUCACUAUUUGUGUAGCUUUUUGUGUAUACAUUUUCUAAAUUGUUUAUGAUGUAAAUAUUUACAAACCAUUGUAAUAAAUUCUGAACAUUUAAA